AUGGACAUUGAUUCAAACAAUCCUUCAUUAAAUGGGACUGAAGAAGUUGAAGAAGCAGAGAAUAAUCCAUCAUUAAAUGAGAUUGGUGAAGUUGAACAACCUAAGAAGGGAAUGUAUUUUAACUCAAAGCAAGAAGCUUAUUCAUUUUAUGCAAAAUAUGCGAAGCAUCUUGGAUUUGCUAUAGCUUAUAGGACACAAAAUAUUGGACAAGAUGGGGAAGUAAAAUACUUUGGAAUUGAAUGUACUCGGGCAUGCAAGAGAACAAAACGAUCAGAAGUACACCCUUUCGAACCAUCUUUGUCAUCAUUCAUUGAAUGUAAAGCGAAGGUUAGAGCGACUCUACAAAAGGAUGGAAGAUUUAAGUUAACCACCGUUGUGCUUGAACAUACACAUGACUUGAUUCCUACUGACUCACGACAUUUUGCAAUGAAUAAGAGAAUUGUUACUCCUGUGAAGAGAAGACUAGAAAUAAACGAUGAAGCAGGGAUAGGGGUGGCUAAGAAUUUUCAUUCUAUAGUUGUUGAAGCAGGGGGGUAUGAGGCAUUAACAUUUGACGAACGAGAUACAAGGAAUCAUAUUGAGAGUAUGAGAAGAUUGAGGCUUGGGGUAGGAGAUGCCGAAUCAAUUGCACUUUAUUUUCAUAGGAUGCAACAACAAAAUUCGAACUUCUAUUCUGCAAUUGACCUCGAUGAAGAUGGUAGCAUGCGAAACUUGUUUUGGGCGGAUGCAAAGAGUAGGGUAGUUUAUAAAGCAUUUGGGGAUGUGGUUUCAUUUGACACAACCUAUCUCACAAAUAAAUAUGAUAUGCCAUUUGCUCCUUUUGUAGGAGUUAAUCACCAUGGGCAGUCAAUUUUGCUUGGUUGUGGGCUGUUAUCUAAUGAGGACACUGAAACAUUUGUGUGGCUAUUCAAAGAAUGGUUAAGUUGCAUGUCAGACGCUCCUCCAAAAGCUAUAAUAACGGACCAGUGCAGAGCUAUGCAAAAUGCCAUUGAAGUUGUCUUCCCACAAGCUCGACAUCGUUGGUGCUUAUGGCAUAUAAUGAAGAAAAUUCCGGAGAAAUUGGGAGGAUAUGCCCAAUAUGAAUCGAUAAAGUUUGCUUUGCAAAAUGCAAUUUAUGAUUCUUUUACAAAAGAUGAAUUUGAUGAAGAAUGGCAAGCAAUGAUUGCAAAGUUCAAUCUGGAUGAUAAUGACUGGUUCGGGGUAUUAUACAGUGAGCGACAUAGGUGGAUUCCUGCCUAUGCGAAGGACGUUUUUUGGGCUAGCAUGUCAACUACACAACGAAGUGAGAGUAUGAAUGCAUUUUUUGAUGGCUAUGUGAACUUAAAGACAACUUUAAAGCAAUUUGUUGAACAAUAUGAUAAUGCCUUAAGAAGUAAGGUUGAGAAAGAGAUGAAAGCAGACUUUAAAUCUCGAAACAAAUUGUAUGAUUGCCUAACGAUGUAUGAGUUUGAGAAACAAUUUCGUGCAGCCUACACGAAUGCAAAAUUUAAAGAAGUGCAAGUAGAAUUGAAGCGAUUAUUAUAUUGUCGUGCUAAUCUUGUGAAAGAAGAGGGAGCAAUUUGUACUUACCAUGUCAAGGAGGCUGUUCUAGUCGGUGAGAAAAUGAAGACAGUGGAAUUUGUUGUAUACUUUAAUGCAAGUGAAUGUGAAAUGCAAUAUAUCGUAAGAGGCUACACAUGCAUUCCAACCACAUACACUAAAGCCGGGGCUGUUGUUAAUGCAAAGUUGCAUGAUAUAUACCACAAGAUGUUAGAUAAAAUCUUAGAAAUUGCUGCCAAUGAUAAUGGUAAACACGAAGUGCUUGAUCUUGGGUUGAUAGAAAUAAAGGAUAGAGUGAGAAAAGAUCAAUCGAGUAGUGCGAGUCAUGUGCCACCUUCUACUAGUAAUGCACUACCUUCUCAUAGUUCACCGAAAAGUCCGUCUGCUCGUAGUACUACAAAAGCAAGCAUGUCUCGCAAGAUGCUUAGUCCAGUGGUUGCUCGCCGAAGAGGCCGCCCAUGUACGAAACGGAAGGUUAGCAAAGUGGAUGAAGUAGUGAAUCGUAAAUUAAAGAGUAAAAGGCCUCUGAAAGCAUAG